AUGUGGAUCAUUCAGAAAGUGCAGGAGAGUGCCGGAAAUCUUCCAGUGCAGCUCAGUCAACUUAUCAGCAAAAACAAAGAAGAGAUUUCUGCCAAAACCAGCCUCUUCAAAAAGCUGCACUACAACGUCCUUACACCUGAUAAAAUUCCUGACUUUUUUCUACCUCCUAAGCUCACCAGGCGUUGCCUUCCGGCAGAAACAGAAAAGAUUUCACAGUGUCUGAAUGAAGAAAGAAAAGGACACAGCUCUAGAAAAACAUCAUUGUCAAGAUCUGCUUCUGUUCAGCAAUCGAGAUCAAGUUUUACCCAAUCUUCAGUGGCUUUGAACAAGCUAAAACCAAUCCCAUAUUCACUGAAAUGCUAUGAGUCUGGACUAUUUGAGAGUCCAAACACGCGUCGCAAAGAGUCCCUGUUCCAUUCAGCACUUACAAGUUAUACCCUUGAACGGAUGACCAUCAAAGCACCAAAACUGCCCUGCAGAGCGGUGCUGAACAUGACCAUCAUUGAGAGUGACAUGCCCUCUGCUGACUCCACCCCUCAUUCAUCACCUCAACCAAUCAGAAGAGAGAAUUUCACUGGAGAAUGUUCAAUGCCACAUUUGUUCUCUGGAGAUCCACUUCAACUAGAUGUUCUCCACACUUCCAGAGAGGAGACUAAGAAAGUUCACUCUCCUCUGGACAAAACGUCCAUCAUGCCAAGAGUCCCUCACCGUGCCAAAGUUGUUCAGGCUUCCUGCUGCACAAAACUCGCCCCUCCCAUCCAGUUCCCACUGGACAUGCUGCACUGCCAGGAGCGCUUCCAUCAGGAGCAUGUUCUUCCUCUCCCACAGAGAGGCCAUGUACGGAUCUCUGCUUUCCGAUCCAGUGCUACUGGGUGCUCAACUACAGUUCGCAUACGUGUGAUCUCGGUGGAAGGCUUGAGAGAUCUUGGUGACUUUCGACCUCUGACCUGCAGCUUAACCUUAAGCCUUACCCCAGGCAAGAUGCAGCGCCAACACAGUGCCAUCAUCAGAAACUGCCUUAACCCUGUGUUCAAUGAAGAUUUCUUCUUCACAGAGUCUGGGGAGCAGGAAGGGCGGCUGAGAGAUUUAGCUCUCAGACUCAAGGUGCUGGAUAAGCCCUCGGGACUGGGCAGAGGAGUGGUACUGGGAAUUGUCAUAAAACCCCUCUGUCAGCUUCUGCCACUGUGA